AUGACGAAGAGAAUGCUUUCUUCAAAUCCAAUGCUCUCUUUAGAGACAGACAAUAUUGCGAAAUUGGGUACUUUGACCGCAGACAACUUGAGCUGCAUGUGGAAUGUUUUUACCAAAUGCGCCGAAAACCUUGAAAACGGUCGUCGCCUCGAAAACCUUUCAUGGCGGCUUUGGUAUCGCGAAACUGUUAUGUCUGAAUCUGGACAAAGUCCUUACGAACGCAUGGAAGCUUCAAUUCCUGAUCUUUCUUCCAGUUGCGGUUCUAUAGCUUCGUCUGCAGAUUCAGAUGCGGGUGUCUGUACUUACUCCCCUAAUAGCAAGUCCGACACGAUCCGUCUAAAUUCGAGUACUAAUUUUGGAAGUCAAGAGUCUUCCGUGCAUGAUAACCCAAGAGGUUUAAUCAAUUCAACUUCUUCCUUACGCCCACAAACCAGACGUUCCAAUUCGCGCCUAAUUUCCUCGGAUACAUUUAGUCAACUUAUUACAUCAUUUUCUCCCUUGGAAAAACCUCUUGAAAAAUCGGUUGAAAAACUUUCGAAAGAAGAUUCCUCUUAUGCUUACAAAAAGGCUGACCUUCAUCAACAGCCCUCAAAUCCAUCUUCUAAACAUCAAGAUCGACCGGCCUUGGCGGUAACUGUUAGUGAACCAUACUUUGCUUCUUCUUCUUCCAAUCUAGAACGUCGAAAGGAUGCGUAUUCUGAUAGGAUGACACCUUCUGGUCCUACUUUGCAGAAUGAAGAAAUGCCAAAGGAAAGGAUCUCAAAACCUGUUCCCUCUUACCGUGUAAAAUUACAGACAGUAAAUAAAUCCGUCAGUGACUCUGUCGCCGCAGCUGCUAGAGCCAAGAAUGCUGAACGAGAAAAAAUUGCCAAACUUACCGUGACACCGGGAAAAACAACAAGUGUUAUCCAUGGAUUUCACCCAAGCUCUGCAAAAACAACUCCUUCGCCGUCUACUAAGACAAAAACUGCACUUCAAGACUCCAAUGCCGGAUUCGGAACCUUGAAGCAGCCUCCUAUUAUAAAUAAAAGUCACCCCUUUUUUUAUCUUCGAGGUGCCUAUUCUGUAAAAAACAACUCACAGUCAUCUUCUAUGAUAUCUACAACUGAUGAUGAAACGAAUCCUCCUAAAUUUUGUGUUGACCCCAAACUUAAAACAAGAAACGCUGAUGAAAGUCGAAAUGUGAGUUCAGUAAGUGACGAUGAAGAUGCAUGGGUAUCCGUUGAUGAAGAAACAAACACCCCUCCUUGCUUCUAUAAACGACCUCCUACACCGUUUUCUUCUUAUCGAAAUAGCGCUUUGUCAUUGCUCUUGUCAAAAGAGGAUAGAGCUCGCAAUGGACACAAUGACGAUUCAAAAUCAAGAGUGCCUACAGCUUCACCAGUAAUACAUUUUAAUAAAGACAACACAGAUGCCCAUGAAGCCAAGAUGGACGCAUCAAACUCUAGCCUUUUAAGUGAUAGUAUUCCGCAGUCGUCAGAACCAAGAGUUUAUCAAAUCUCCCACAAUAAUGCUAACAGGACGAAGUUACUGAACUCGGAAAUUCCGGAAAGUUUAAGAAGAGAUUUAUUAUGGGAACGGAGACAGAAGGCAUCUUUGAACAGCGCUGUCCUUCGGCGGCAUUUUAAAAAAAAUCAAUCUGAGGAUGAGGAUGCCCGUAACAAAAAAAUUGUUGCGAAAGCUUUUUCAAGUGAUUGCUCCGUUUGGUGA